AUGGCGUCGCUCACGCAGUGGAAGGAGCGACAGCAGCAGUGCGCGGAGCAGGUGGACAUGCAGGCGCUGCUGAACAAUGUGCGCGCUUCGCUGCGUACGCAAGGCCUCAUCGCGUGGGUGAACGUGAGCCUUGCCUUGGAAAAAGCGCAGAGCGAGAGUGGCGGCUUGACCAACGGCGCGCUCAAGCGCUUGCUUAACGACUGUCGAGUGCCGAUCUCGGACGUGGACGCUCGAGCUCUGGUCCAGCGACUCAAUCAAGGUGCUGAAGAGGAUGGACGCGUGACAGCAGACGCGAUUAAAAAUCUCAUCUUCGGCUCAAUCUCUGGACGAAAACUCGAGUUCGUGCAGUCCGCUUUUGAUACGCUGGAUCGUAAAGGUGUCGGAUACCUGGCACUUCAAGAUGUCUUGGGUGCUCAUGAUGCCGCGCGCCACCCUGCCGUGAUGUUUGGUGAGCAAACGGCCGAGCAAGCCGCACGAGAAUUUCAGACUGCGUUCAUGACUGCAGCGCGUCGCACGGGCACCGCGUUCGUCAGUUGGGCCCAGUGGCUGUCGUAUUUCCAGUGUGUUGCUGCACAAGCCCCCAGCGAUGAGUACUUCGAGCUUCUGAUGAAGCGCGUGUGGCACGCGGACACGCGUCGCUCGCUCCAAGAGGCUGCUGGCGUUGCCGACCUUAACCAUCGAAUGGACUCCAUCGCGCCUCCAGCACCUGCAGCUGUGGCGCCAGUGUCAUUACUUCAAGCCCUUCAGCAGAACCAAAGUACUAGCAGUAAGGCGAAAGUCGUGCUCUCAAUUUCCACGACUGCACCGCCGCUGGGCCAAAGCCGCUCGAAUAGUUUCAGCUUUUCGCCGAUGGACCCUGAUGCCUCACCGCGCGGGACAGCGGUGCAUACAACCAACGAAUUCCUGAAGGGCUCGCAGUUCGCUGCUUGUCUGACUGAAGUGACACCUUCCGUCUCGCCCGUGUCGAGUGUUCGCUCUGGGGCCGGGCCUUCCGUUGAAACUCUCGAUCCUGGCGCAGCCUCAGUACUGCGAAAGCUACAGAAUGGUCUUCGAGGACGCGGGAUUCAAGCGCUUGUAGAGCUAGGACGUUGUCUACGUCUGGGCGAUGCAGACGGUGACGGAUUGCUUACUCUUGGAGAGUUUCGGCGUGCUCUGCAGAACUCCUACGAAGCUACUAGCGCAACAACGCCAAAUUACACGCCACUCAGCGAUGCCGAUCUCCGUGGACUCUUCCGCCACUUGGACUGCGAUCGAACGGGGUCCGUUCCUAUUGAUUCGGCGCUGGAUCUGGUGCGCGGAACCAUGAGUGCUCGCCGAUUGCGACUCGUUCAUUCUGCGUACCAGACGUUGGCUCGGGAAACGGGAACUGGGAUGCUAGAUGCCUGUGAUGUUGUCCAGCGGUACGACGCAAGUCGUCAUCCUGAUGUGAUCGCUCAGCGAAAGAGCGAGGAGCAAUGCUUUCGUGAGUUUGUGGAGAACUUCGACAUGGAUGAAAGUGGCGGUGAGGGCCCCAGUGGUGCCCCAGGCAAAAUUUUACCUCGACAGUGGGAAGCGUACUACCACAACGUCAGCUUCCUCGUUCCGGACGACGACUUGUUCGAGCUCAUUGUGCGCAAUACCUGGCAGCUCCCGUCGACGGGGAGCCCUACUCAAGCGGGUAGUAAGAGGCACCCACCUCCACCGAUUCUAACGGAGAGUCCACGAGGAAGUAGUUUUGCUGGGAAUGGAGUGCGUCAGCCCACACCAACCAGCGGUGAGGUCACCUGGCGCGGAAGGCGCAGUACUGGUCCAGGCAUGGCAAGCCAACAAGCAUUUGCGGUUCUCCAGCCAGACUUGGCGGAUCAUGUGCCUCCAUCGGGGGUUAUCAGCCCUUCCAGUGCCAUGAACUUGGCCCCACCCCGGUCUCCUGGCAAGCAGUCCAAAGAUCUUCGCCGCAUGGUUCAUUCCCUCCGGUGUGAGUUGAAGGAGCGCGGGCUGGGAGGGUUUAUCACGCUGCAGCAGCAGCUCCGUCGAGCGGCGGGGCGAUCGGAUGACGACUACGUAGACGAACUCAACGACGGGAGCGUCGGCUUUCACGAAUUUGUUCGUGCGCUGAAAAGCAGUGGCGUGCAUGUCACCGGCCGUGACGCCCAAGCUUUGUUUUACCACUUCGACAGCAACCAUGAUGGGACCAUGAGUGUCUCGGAGUUCCUGACGGGGGUGCGUGAACCUAUGAAUGCUCGGCGCCAACUCGUGGUGCGGAUGGCAUUCGACACCCUCGAUCGAUCAGGAAGCGGUGAGCUCGAUGCAGGCGCAGUUGCCGCUGCGUUCGAUGCUAGGCGGCUGCCUGAGGUCUUGACUGGUCGAAAGACCGACUGCGAGGCGCACGCAGAAUUCCUGGACAUCUUCGGCCUUGUGACUGAGCGGCAACGCCAACGGCGCAUCAACUUCGAUGUGUGGGAACGCUUCUACGCUAACGUGAGCGCUGCGAUCGACGAGGACGAACAGUUCGAGCAAAUGGUGCGUAAUGCAUGGCACGUCGGACCUGGUUCAGGAGGACGCGUGCCGGCGGCAGGUAGCAGACCAGCAUCCGCUGAUGGAAUCCGCGUUCACUCUCAGCGAGUCGACCCUGGACGCUCGAGUUUGCACGAGAUACUGGACCACUCGUCAUCGUACACGAGUAGUCCGACUUCUUCCAGUGCUGGCCCCAGCCCAAGCAUGACACUUCGGAGAGCGAGAAAUAACGUGAGCAACUCCAUCGCCGCUUGUCUCGGCAGCGCUCCGUCUUCACAGCAGCAACGCUCGUCCACAGAGAUAUCGACUGGCUUAACUUCGCCUGGAAAACGCGAGUUCCACCUCCACCCAGCCGGAGUUCAGGCCAUCUUGACGAGGCUCAAGCAAGUGCUUCAAUCCCAAGGCACCCCAGGCUUCUGCACGCUCAACCGGCGUCUACAACUGGCUCGAGGCAAUGCCAUGAACUUACAGGACCUUCGUGGUGCAGCUGUGGACUGCGAAUUAACUCUCCCGGGUGGUCUUACCGACGGGGACCUCCGACUACUCUUCCAGUAUCUGGACAGCGAUGGUGACGGCCGCGUGGCGCCGGACGAAUUGAUCAACAUCGUGCGGCCUGCACUAAUAGGACGCAGACUGGAGUGCGUCCACGAAGCUUUCGCAAAAUUGGCCAAGAUGAGAAAUACUCGAGAUGCGGAAAAAGCCUUACUGGAGCCAAGCGACGUCGUCGAGGAGUUCAAUGCAAGUGCACACCCCGACGUAUUGGCUGGUCGCCGAGGAGUUGAUCAUGUGUAUCGAGAAUUCCUCGAGACGUUUGAUAUCGACGGUGGGGCUCAGGACGGGAAGGUUACGUGGGACCAGUGGCGGGGGUACUAUCACAACGUCAGUGCUAGUAUCGCCUCGGACAAGCUCUUCGAAGAGAUGGUGUGCAACGUGUGGCACAUCGAUAGUAGCAACAGCAAGUCUUCGUACAAAUCUGACGUGGACGCGGAUACAGCGACCCAACCACAGCAGCAGCAAGACAACCAGCGAAGUACGACGCCUCUAGCUGCGGGGGUCCGAUCCACCCCCGCUGCGCCAGAGCUGCCGGUACAGUUGGCCAGAGAGCGGAAGAUCUUGUCUCUGAAAGACGUCGCGAGUGGCGCGAUGACCGAUCCCAAUCGGUCGACAUCAUCGAGGGGCCAACCUCUGGGCAUUGAAGCUGCACCAACCUACACCGGUGACACGGUUCUCCAUGCAAUCCGGUACCGCAUUCGACAGAGCAACUCGCUGGCAGACGUCGUCCAGCUCCGCGCGCGGUUGCACCAGGCGGCCGACCCUCGGUCGGGGACCAUCACGUACCUGCGCUGCUGCGACGCGUUAAAUAGCGCGCUGGGGCUCGCUAUGGGCGAGGCCCAAGGCCGCGCGCUGUUCGAGCACCUCUCGCACUUCUACCAGAGCAACGGCGACGACAGCAGCAGCGCAGGUGAGCGCUUCCUCCAGCACCAGCACCGAGUCAACGGCUACGACGGCGCCGGCAACCGCCUGCCGCUGCAGCUGGUGCUCGGGUGUCUGCUCGAGCGCCUGAGCGCGCCGUGUCUGGCCAGCGCCACGCAGGUGUUCUCGACGUUGCAGGCAGCUGGCAAGGGCCGCGUCUUCCCCGCGGUGCUUGCGUCGAGCUUCCAGGCCGCGCGGCACCCAGACGUUGUGCUCGGUCGCGCCAGCGCGGCCCAAGUGUUCCAGGACUUUGCGCUCAACUUCGAGGUGGCCGGCGGAGCCGCUGGCGACGGCGUCGUGUCCUUCCAGCACUUCGAGGCCUACUGCGUGAACCUGCGCGCCGCGCUGGGCAGCGACGAGCUGCUGCAGCUCGUGCUGCGCGACUGCUUCGGCGGCAACACAAGUUGA